GCCCAGCGGACUACCGACAAAUCGGCCCAGCUUGUGUGCACCAUGUCUGGUUCCUCCAGUGUCAUCGCUAUGAAGAAGGUGGUUCAACAGCUCUGGCUGGAGGCUGGGCUCAACCGCGUGAAGGUUUCCCAGGCAGCUGCAGAUUUGAAACAGUUCUGUCUGCAGAAUGCUCAACAUGACCCCUUGCUGACUGGAGUAUCUUCAAGUACCAACCCCUUCAGACCCCAGAAAGUCUGUUCCUUUUUGUAGUGAAAUGAAUCUUUAAAGGUGUUCUAAACCACUUUUCAUGAACCAGUGAAUAUUUGAAGAGAGCUAAAUUUGAAGCCUGUACAAAAAGCUUAUGCCUGUAACACGUGCCACACUAUACAAACUUCUGCUUUUGUCAGUCCUUAA